UGAUAAUGAGCAACUAAAAUCUAAUACAGCUGCUUGGAUUUCGCAGAGUUCUUCUGUCACGAAUCGACUCAACGCUUUUCAUCUGCGCCUUACGUGGCGUCUAUCCAAACUGGCUAUAACUACAAUAUUAACUACAUGGUGUAGUCUUUGACUAUAUGUAUUGGGAUGAGUCUCUGAAAAGAUGUUUGUAAACAAUCUGUUAAAUUUUUUUGUUCUUCGUUAAAUUCUAGUUGUACAGUAUGGAAUGGACUGUUCACCCAUAUUUACCCUUUUAUAUUGCCGCGUUUCUGCAGUCAGGUUGGUUUAAUGCAGUUCAAACUUUACAUAUUUAGUUCUACGGUUUUGCAACGUCUUUGACUAGUUUCCAAGUAAAUCGGUAUCGAUGACAGUUUAUUUUAGAGGAUUGAACGGCGAGUAGUUAAGAGCACACUGUCGGUCAGUACUUGAGAGAUCGGACUCUCCUGUUUAUUUCUGUUUUGUCUUGAAUAUGGACUUCGUUUACCGUCCUGUGAUUCUGUGUAUAACUUAAGUGCUUCCACGGACAAUCACAAGCGAUUUGGAAGGGAGAGUGUAGCAACAAAAACUUUAUCCACUUUAAUUCAUGAAAUAAGACUCUAAAAUUUUAUUAGCUAAGUUUUACGUGUAUGUAACUAUUUUUGGACAGUUACGAUAUUAGUGACGCCGACUCUUACGUGAUAUAUCUAUUAUUGCUUGGGAACAUGAACAAUUAAAUCAGUACGUGACAACAGUCAACACCCCACAUCAAAAGUUUGGUCUAAAAGUUUGCUAUGUUUUGAAAAUCACGUUGACAGUGAAUAAUUUUGCGUUAGUUGGUUCAUCCAUGGUCCUUGCAUUGAGUCUGUGUAGAACAAUAGCGUCAGUAAACUACCGUAUACAAAAAAGUGCCUUUUUGACAGCGUAUGUACGGGCGUGUGCCUACAAUUCAUAUACAACGCCCAGGUGCAACACACGCAAAAAGAAAAAGCGACGUAUCAUCUGCAGAGGUGCAGGAUGCAACAAUAAAAUAUCCCGAAAUUGGGAGUUUACACCCAACGGAUCAAAUAUGUAUUACUCAGAUGAACGGAAGCUACCCUUGAGAUUGGUGUCAUAUAAUGUGCUGGCUCAAGAUCUCCUGGAGAGCCACAGAUACUUAUACGCCGAAUGUAAAGAGGAGGAUCUGGUUUGGGAGAAACGUUGGAAGCGCAUCUUGGAAGAGAUUACUUCUGCAGAGCCUGAUGUAAUUUGUCUUCAGGAAGUUCAGGAGGAUCACUGGGAUCCAUUUUAUGUAAAUGAACUCUCAAAACUAGGUUAUAAGGGUCUGUACAAGAAAAGAACAGGGGCCCGAGUGGAUGGUGUUGCCCUGUGGUACCGCUCAUCGCUUUUUCGUGUGGAUGUUUGGAGUGCUGUUGAGUUCAACAUUCCUGGGGAACCUUACCUGGAUCGUGACAAUGUUGCUAUAGUAGCCAGAUUGGUUCCUACGAUACCAGGUUGGCAGCAUUUGGCAGUCGUAGUAGCCACCACUCACCUGCUGUACAACACUCGCCGCCAUGACAUAAAACUGGCUCAGACCCAGUUGCUGUUAACUGAGUGUGAGUCGCUGGCGUAUCGCUCAGACGCCGCCAGGUUUGGUGGUCCACAGUAUUGGCCACUGAUAAUCACAGGAGACUUUAAUCUCCUCCCAUAUUCAGGAGUGUAUAAAUUACUCACAAAAGGGAGACUGGAGUAUGAAGGCUUAUGUGCCAAGACUUUGACACUAUUGCCCCCAGGAGAAGAUGGGAAAAGACUUGGAAAGAAGUUAAUCUCUCCGGAACGUUACAUAACUGACAAUUGUCAGUAUGUCCAUGACAUCCUAAACAGGCUUGAGGCGGAGGCUGGAGCUCCAGUGCAAGAAUGUUUGGCACCAACUCUAGACACUACACUACAGAACAUCAUCACUAAGCAACCUGCUGUGGCAAAACAUCACUGCUUCGCAGGUCUCAAAUUUGGAACAGGAACUCUCUCUCAUCCUUUCAAGCUACGCUCAGUAUAUUCACAUGGGAAACUCAACUCUGAUAUGGCAGAGGCAACAACAUAUCAAAAUGGUUGGUGCUCUGUGGACUAUAUAUUUUACAGUGUUCCUCAUGGUUUAAAAACUGAAGGCAAUCUGAAGAUGACAGCAAGGUACAAACUGUUUACUCGUGGUGAAGCAAAAACUGUUGGUCCAAUUCCAAAUGAUGAACAUCCAUCCGAUCAUUAUCCAUUGAUGGUACAUUUCAUUCUUGUUCCAUGAUGAUGAUCAAAUAUUGCCUGAGAGCUGUGAAGGUAAUUAUUGUGACACACACACACACACACACAACUGUGUAGGAAUUAUAGCAGCAUUUUAUUAGUCUAAAAGUGAAGAUGUGGUUGAUGGAAGAGAUUAAUUCAGAACUUCAUGCAUACAUCUCUCAUGUGUUUGUUAUUAAGUACAGCAUAUUUGUAAACAUUAAUGUAAAAAACAGAGUGACAUGACAGUGAUGCAUCAAGUUGAGUGUUCUAAUAACAGUAAGAUGUGAAAUGAGCAGUAAGAAACAUGAAUGUAGCUGUAAAAGAAACACUGUGUAUUUUAUUACAGAUAUGUCCAAGUUAAUCACUUACAAAAUAAAAAAUCUGUGGAAUUUGUCUUCUUUGCACCCUCUUUCGUAUUGUUUCUUUGUUUUAUUGUCUCAGGAAGAGGCAGACUGUGCCAGUAAACAUCAGUAUCUUAAGUUUUGAUUAGUGCAUAUAUCAUGAAAAAAAAAAAAAUCAUUGUCAUAGUAAAUUUUUGUUACUCUAUACUAUUUUAGUUUUAAUCAGCUUGCACAGAUGUUUAAAAGAAGAUAUUUACACCAAAGGACAACUUUUCUUAAAUGACUUUGUGGGAAUAGAAUAAUGUCCGAACAGCAUUUGCUGCCCACUACCGCUGAGGUCGAAAGCUAGUGAUAUUCGGACAUUGUGGCUCUGAUUUUACCUAAUGAGAUUUAGAUGAGUGGAUGUAAUGUUGUAGUAUUAUUAACAAGGAGAAUUACCACAGUGUAACAUUUGGAGGUAAUUCUCAUUUGUUUUGUACAUGGGUAUCUUUUGUGCAUAAUUCUCUUGUGGGAAUUUUUUCCUGUGAGUGUACUUUUUCCAUGCUGGCUCUCUAUUUCCCACAUUUUCUUUAUGAAUUUAAAGUAAUUUGCUUGUGUGCACUGAGUAUGUGCCUUCUAAUGAUAUGUAUAUUUUCAUGUAAAUGUUGACGAUUUGUACCAUUGUAGUAUAUGUACAUAAAAAAUAAAUUAUUUGUGUUUUUUGUUGAUGCUGUUA